AUGGCCAUGACUGGAGCAAAGCGUUUGAGAGAGUUGAUGAGUAAGGAAGACCACAUCGUCGUUGCACCGGGUGUCUACGAUGGUCUGUCUGGUAGAAUCGCUCUCGCCGCUGGUGCAGAAUGUCUUUACAUGGUAAGCAUCGCCCAUCCCACUUCCCCGUUCCCCGUACUCUUCUUCACCACAUCACGCUCUCAAACCCUCGCAGACCUGGGCAUCGCAACCCUCAACGACAUGCUCUCCAACGCCUCCACCAUCACCUCUCUCUCCCCCUCAACCCCCGUAAUCGCCGACGCAGAUACCGGCUAUGGUGGCCCCAUCAUGGUAUCCCGCACAGUACGCCAAUACGCACUCGCCGGCGUCGCCGCCCUCCACAUCGAAGACCAAGUCCAAGAAAAGCGCUGUGGACAUUUAGUCGGCAAGCAAUGCGUCAGCCGCGAAGUCUAUUUCGCACGCCUCAGAGCAGCAGUAAAGACACGCGAUGAGAUGGGUUCUGAGAUGAUGAUUAUUGCCCGCACGGAUGCCAGAGCAGAUUUGGGUUUUGAAGAGGCAGUUGAGCGUCUUAAAGGAGCUGUUGAGUGCGGUGUUGAUGCUUUGUUCCUUGAAGCUUUGCAAAGCACAGAGGAGUGUGAGAAGGCUGUCAAGAUCUUUGCUCCCACGCCUGUGCUCUUGAAUAUGGUGCCUGGAGGCAAGACGCCGCAGAUGGGAGUUAAGCAGGCCAAGGAGAUUGGGUUUAAGCUUUACAUCAACCCUACGCUUGGAUUGGAGGCUGUGGUUCGUCCCUUACAGAAGGCGUAUAAGAUGUUGGUUGAGCAGGGUACGGAUGAGUGUGAGCCCAUUGGUCCCAAGGCACUCUUUGAAAUUUGCGGUUUGAAUGAGGCCAUGGCUUUCGAUGAGAGUGUUGGCGGUGCUGCUUUUGGGUCGAAGUAG